AUGCGCUUCCGAACACAGUUAAGAGACAGCAGGACCUUCUCCAAGCUCACCGCGUCACUGUCGUCGCUGGGCAAGGUAUGUUGGAUGCGCCUGGAGUACGAAGUCAUCCGCUUUACCAUCAUACCCGACCAAGGCACACAAGUGUGGGCAUCAAUACCAGUCGGAACUAUUUUCGAUGACACAACCUACGAGCUAGAGUCCAAUUCCGACGCCAUCAACAUCGAAGUCAACAUUAGCGUGCUAAACCGAGCCCUGCGCUCCGCUUGGGGCUCAACACAUUCACAACUCCGCCUAACCAAAAAAGACAAAACCCCUCUCUUAGCACUAACAGUCCUCGCAUCAGAAUGGACAGAGGGAAACAUGGCUUUGGCCACCAAUAAUGACGCAGACGGCUUUGGCGACGACGCAAACCCAGAAGCUCCAGCCGACACGACAGGCGAUCGAGGACCACGCGAGCGCCAGACAUGGAUCACGCAAGAAAUCCCGAUCAAGAUCCUCCAUGAGUCAGCAGUCGAAGGCCUGCACGAGCCGCACUGCCCAGACCCCGAAGUGCACAUUAUCCUACCCAAUCUAGCACAGUUAAAGAGCAUAUCCGAUCGCUUCACGAAACUCGCUUCAACAGAUAGCAAAAGCCGACAGCUGGGUGUGAUGGCGCCCGAAGCGCCGGGGAUGCAUUCCGUGUCUUUCAGUGGGUCGGGCGCUAGCACAGCUGCCACAGCACUGUCCACCAACUCGUCUCCCAAGCUGGAAUUAUCUGCCAAUAUGCAUGGCUCGCUACGGCUUGCUAUUGCUACGGAUGAGCUGCGUAUCGCGAGUGUCUGGUCUGAUCUCGUGAACCCGCCAUUGGACCCUGCGCAGAUGACCCAGGAGCAGAUGAGCCAGCUUCCAAGCGAGCUUAAUCGGAAGCGGGAGGCAAGUGAGGGAUUCGAAUCUGGUUGGGCGAAGGUGCGGAUCGAUGGAAAGGAUUGGAGUCGGGUGCUCAGUAUUGGGAGACUCAGUCCCAAGGUUGUUGCAUGCUUCAUCAAUGAAAUGGCAUUGGUUCUUUACGUUUAUCUGCCAGGUAAUCGGGAUGGAGAGGAAUCCUGUUUAACGUAUUAUAUCAAUUCAUUCACCACAUGA